AUGAUGAUGGCUUCAAAUACAAUGUUGGAAGACGAUAAGAGUAUUAAUAACAACAACAAUAGUAGUAGUGUUAAUGAAGAGGAACUCCAAAAGAUAAUCAACAAUAACAACAAUACUAAUAGUAUACACACCAAUAAUGGAACAAGUGCCUGUUCAUCAUUGGUAGAAUCGAAUGGUGAUGAUAGAUCUUCGAUGGUAUCAUCGUCUGAUGAUGAUGGUUCCUUUGAGGGACGACAAGAUGACAUUUAUCAUCACCCUGACUUUUCUCAUCGGGGAAUGAUUCACAAGAUGAAGAGUAAUGAUUCGUCGUCUUCGUCAAUUCUGUGGCAAUUUAUCAAACAGUUACAACCUCAGGUUGACCUUUUGAGAAUGUGUUCACCUAUUUUCAUUAUGAGACCAAUUUCAACACUUGAAUUGUAUACCUACUAUACAGAACCAACACUGGCUUUGAAGGUGUUGAGGGAAAUGGAUAGUGAGCUAGAUAGAAUGUUAUGUUGCUUACUCUUUUCACUCAUUUCGUGUUCAAAUACUUUUGGAGAUAGCUUUGAAGGUUUAAAACCAUACAAUCCAAUUCUUGGAGAGGAGUUUCAUGCAGAGUGGCAUUCUUCAGUCAAUGAACAACAACAAGAGGAAAAAUCAGGAGAAAAGAAAACAGCCAUGUGGUUGGAAAAUUGGCUCUCCAAUCAAACUUCACAAGACCAAGAAAGAAUGCAAGAAAUGCUCAAAGAAUGCAAGACCAAGGUUACAGCAGAACAAGUUUCGCACCAUCCUCCAAUUAGUGCCUUCUUGAUGGAAAAUGAAAAGUGUGGUUGGUCCAUGAAAUCAACUUUCCAAAUUCUGGCCAAACUCAAGAUGAAUUAUGUUGAUUUGAAUAUUGCUGGAAAGCAUUUACUUCAAGUCGAUUUGAAAAAUGGAGAAACUGAAGAAUACGACUUUACAUUGCCUCAUGUGUAUGCCAAUGGUCUGUUCUGGGGUUCUUCUACCAUUACAAAUGGAGAGUAUCUCAAGGUGAAGUGUAAAAAGUCAGGCCUUACUGUCAAAUUGAAUUUUGGAAGUGGAAAUGAUGUGUCGGGAAGCUUGACUGAUAGAAAGGGCAAAACAUUGCUCAAUCUCAAAGGAAAUAUUUGUGGAAAGAUUAAUAUUACCAAAGGUAACAGCUCUGACCUGUAUCCUUCCACUUUAUUGCCAUUGAUUUUCAAAUCAGACUUGCCAUUCUUUGAGGCAGCAUUUUGCAAAUCAUUGCCAUUCUCUAAUGAGCUUGUAGUAAAGCCACUCCAUGAACAAAAAGAAUACGAAUCAAGAAGAGUUUGGCACGAGGUUACUUACAAUAUCUUACAUGACAAUAAGGAUAAGGCCUUUGAUUGUAAACACGAAAUUGAGGAAAUUCAAAGAGCCAAAGCAUCUAAAUUGAAAUUGGAAGGCAAAACACAUGAAACUAAGAUAUUCAAGCCAACAGGCCAUUUCAGCAAACACCAAAACAUUCCACUGUAUGAAAAAUAA